AUGGGCUCCAUCGUGAUUACGAGCAGCGACGUGGUCAACCACUCCUUUCCCUACCAAACCAUGUUCGGUGCCGCCGCGCACUCGCACCACCAGCCGCACGAGUCUCAGCGAUCGACAUCCUCUCGGCCGUCGCACAACGACCAUCACGCCUCGCGCACUGCCUCUGCGCCCGUCGACACGCCCAUGUCGGACGCCGUGCCACAGCACUACAAUCCAUCCCAGACACCCUCGCAGCCCCCGCCGAGUCCGCGCUUCAAGCCGCACUCGUCGCAGAAGACGCCUACCCAGGCCGUCGCAGCCCCGCCAGCUCCACGCCCCGCCGUGCUGCCCUCGUCGUCGGCCUCGUCUUCGGCCCAGGCCUCGCCGCGGGCAACCGCCUCACCGAAGCGGAUAAAGGUGAAAAGCCUGUCUCACAUUCAGAGCUUCGCUGCCGAUGAGACCAGCCCUUUUUCGCAGACUCGCGCCGCACGUCGCGCGCGUGAGAACCCCAACGAGGUUGGCCCGCAGUAUGAGAUCAGCGAGAUGCCCGUGUCGGAUAUCAUUGAAAUGGUGGCAGGCCUCUUGACCAAGAUCACUACCACCAAUGACCGUCAGCACGAACAUUUGCAUCGGCAAAUACCCCCGCCCGAGGGGACUACCGGGCUCAGUCAGCAGACAACCAGCGUCCUCGCUUUCCACGGCAAGAACGUACCCACGAUUUCCAUCCUGAGCUAUCUUACCCGGAUACAUAAAUACUGUCCCACCACGUACGAGGUUUUCCUCAGCCUGCUGGUUUACUUCGACCGUAUGACCGAGCGCGUAAACUCCGGGCUGAUGCAGAGCCUCCGCCAGGCAAACCAACAGUCUUUGGAGCGCUCUGUGGCCGCCAGCGACGAGAGCCGGAAAAGCUCCAUGUCUAUGUCUGGGACUACGCUUGGCGGAUCAUCCCCGCGGCCAGAACAGGUUCAAGCUGCAACGCCUCCGCCAUCCGGCUCGCUUGGGAAGCCGGCCAAGCCAGGCGACGCCACAGUCAAAGACCAUCCGCCAUCGCCCCCACAGCAAAUAGACCCUCCGCUAGAGUGCGAUCCGUACAAUCUGUCUCAGUUCUUUGUUGUUGACAGCUUCAACAUCCAUCGGCUGGUCAUAGCCGGUGUCACUUGUGCAAGCAAGUUCUUUUCCGACAUCUUCUACACCAACUCGAGAUACGCCAAGGUUGGCGGGUUGCCGCUUGUAGAAUUGAACCACCUUGAACUUCAGUUCCUGUUGUUGAACGAUUUCCGUCUAGCCGUGCCGCUUGAGGAGAUGGAAGCUUACGGGACCAUGCUGGUUGAGUUCUAUGCACGCGAGGUCGUCGCGCAGCAGCAGCCACGCGCACAGCAGGCUGCUGCGCCUUCCUGA